AUGUGUGGCAUUUUCGGUUACGUGAAUUACUUGGUGGAAAAGGACAGGAAGUUUAUCAUUGACACACUCAUCAACGGACUUUCCCGUCUCGAGUACAGAGGGUACGACUCGGCCGGUUUUGCCGUCGAUGGCGACAAGAAGAAGGAAGUCCUUGCCUUCAAGGAGGUAGGCAAGGUCGCCAAGCUGAGGCAGCUUGUUGAUGAGAGCAAGCCCGACCUCUCCAAGGUCUUCGACUCCCACGUCGGUAUCGCACACACUCGCUGGGCCACCCACGGUCCCCCCUCCCGUCUCAACUGCCACCCCCACAGGUCCGACCCCACAUGGGAGUUUUCCAUCGUCCACAACGGCAUCAUCACCAACUACAAGGAGCUCAAGACUCUCCUUGAGGCCAAGGGUUUCAGGUUUGAGACCGAGACGGACACAGAAUGCAUUGCGAAGCUCGCAAAGUAUCUCUACGACCAGAACAGGGGCAUUGGGUUCACCGAUCUCGCCAAGGCCGUUAUUAGCGAGCUGGAGGGCGCCUACGGUUUGCUCAUCAAGAGCGUGCACUAUCCCCAUGAGGUGAUUGCCGCUCGCAAGGGUUCUCCCUUGGUUGUCGGUGUCAAGACGCAGAAGCGCAUGAAGGUCGACUUCGUCGAUGUCGAGUACUCGGACGACAACACCCCCCUCUCCGCCGAAGCCGCCUCCCAGAAUGUUGCGCUCAAGAAGUCGUCUGUCGCCGGUGGCCUCCUCUCACCUAACGGCCUGCUUGGAGCCCCCGACAAGUCGCUCCUUCACCGAUCGCAGUCCCGCGCCUUCAUGACCGAUGAUGGCCUCCCAAUGCCCACCGAGUUCUUCUUGUCGUCGGAUCCAUCGGCCAUUGUUGAGCACACCAAGAAGGUGAUGUACCUCGAGGACGAUGACAUCGCCCACAUCCACGAAGGUUCUCUCCACAUCCAUCGCCUCAAGAAGGCCGAUGGAAGCAGCAAUGUCCGUACCAUCCAGACCCUUGAGCUCGAGCUCCAGGAGAUCAUGAAGGGCAAGUUCGACCACUUCAUGCAAAAGGAAAUUUUCGAGCAGCCCGAGUCGGUUGUCAACACCAUGCGUGGUCGUCUUGACAUCGGCAACCAGACAGUAACACUCGGUGGUCUGAGGAGCUACAUCGCCACCAUUCGCCGGUCCCGUCGCAUUAUCUUCAUUGCUUGCGGUACUUCCUACCACAGCUGCAUGGCUGUCAGGGGUGUUUUUGAGGAGCUUACCGAAAUUCCUAUUGCCGUCGAGCUUGCCUCCGACUUCCUGGAUCGCCAGGCGCCAGUAUUCAGAGAUGACACCUGCGUCUUUGUGUCCCAGUCUGGUGAAACAGCCGACUCGCUGAUGGCUCUCAGAUACUGCCUCGACCGCGGUGCCCUGACUGUCGGUAUCGUCAAUGUUGUUGGUUCCAGCAUUUCCCUCCUCACCCACUGCGGUGUGCACGUCAACGCCGGCCCCGAAAUCGGUGUUGCGUCCACCAAGGCCUACACCUCGCAAUUCAUUGCCAUGAUCAUGUUCGCUCUCUCAUUGGGCGAGGACCGCGCUUCCAAGCAGAAGAGAAGAGAGGAGAUUAUGGAGGGUCUCUCUAAGAUCAGUGACCAGAUCAAGUCCGUCCUCUCUCAAGACCAAAAGAUCAAGGCUCUCUGCGAGAGCACCUUCAGAAACCAGAAGAGCUUGCUCCUGCUCGGUCGUGGCAGCCAAUACAGCACAGCGCUGGAAGGUGCCCUCAAGAUCAAGGAAAUCAGCUACUUGCACUGCGAGGCCGUCAUGAGCGGUGAGCUCAAGCACGGUGUGCUCGCCCUUGUGGACGAGAACUUGCCCAUCAUCAUGAUCCUCACCCGUGAUGAUCUCUUCAAGAAGAGCUUGAACGCCUACCAACAAGUUACUGCUCGUGGAGGCAAGCCCAUUGUUAUCUGCAACGAAGGCGACGAGGAGUUCAGCGAGAACCAGGCCGAGAAGAUCGAGGUCCCCAAGACGGUUGAUGUUCUCCAGGGUAUCCUCAAUGUCAUCCCAUUGCAGCUGAUUGCCUACUGGCUCGCUGUUCUCGAGGGUCUCAACGUUGACUUCCCUCGUAACCUGGCUAAGUCGGUUACUGUCGAGUAG